GCGCAGCAGCGGAAGCCAGUGAAGUGGCCACCUCCUCGCGCGUCGGACGCACCUCCUCGCGCGGCAGAACUCGGAAGCAGCACCUCCUAGCGUGCUCGCGGCGACGAUCUCGCGCGCCAAGGCCUUCGCAGCCGUCCUCGCCGCUGCGGUGACGCGCGCCGCCGACGACACCUGCGCCAUGGCCGUGCUCCGCGUGGACCCGCUGACCUUUCCCUUCGACACGGACAGCCCGUUCCUCUUCGGCGUGUUCCACAACGACAAGUACCCCAAGGGCAACGCGAAGAUGGGACCGGACGCGAGCCUCCGGGGCCACAACAUCGGCGCGGAUUUCGGCAACCCCGCGGGCUGGUCCAUGUACCACGGCGAGGGCGGCAUCCCGGGCUUCCCCAAGCACCCGCACCGGGGCUUCGAGACCAUCUCCGUGUCCGUGCGCGGCUUCGUGGACCACGUCGACAGCCUCGGCGCGGCGGGCCGCUUCGGCGACGGCGACGUGCAGUGGAUGACGGCCGGCGCGGGCAUCUCGCACGCGGAGAUGUUCCCGUGCCUCGCGCGCGCCGAGGAGAAUCACAUGGAGUUCUUCCAGAUCUGGCUGAACCUGCCGCGGGCGAAGAAGAUGUCGCCGCCGAACUUCCUCAUGUUCUGGGGCGAGGACAUCCCGACGCUCGACCGCGGCGGCGCGCUCGUCAAGCUCGUCGCCGGUGCGGCCGAGGGCUUCAACAAGCCCGCGCUGCCGCCGCCGCCGGACAGCUACGCGCGCGACCCGAACUCGCAGCUGCUCGUCAUGACGAUCAAGUUGAAACCGGGCGCGUCCUACGUCAUCCCGGGCGCGCCCGGAGCGGGCCGCGACACGCACCGGAACCUCUACAAGUACGAGGGCGGCGAGCUCACGGUCGGCGGCAAGCGGCUCACGGCGACGCACCGCAUCAAGGUCGACGCGUCCAAGGACCUCGAGGUCGCCGCGGGCGCGCAGGAGAUCGGGCUCCUCGUGCUCCAGGGCAACGACCUCAACGAGCCCGUGGUCCAGCACGGGCCCUUCGUCGGCAACACGCGCGAGGACAUCACCAAGGCCUUCCGGGACUACCAGAUGACCCAGUUCGGCAGCUGGCCCUGGCCCUCGGACGGCGUCGUCCACAAGCGCGACGACCAGCGCUUCGCCAAGUACCCCGACGGCCGCGUCGAGACGAAGCCCCGCCGCGCGACGCCGUGAGGGGGGGUUAAAUUGCUUUUAGUUCG